AUGAAAAAUCUUAUGAUUAUAAAAUCUAAUGAUUUAUUUCGAUUAAAUACAGACUUUAGUUGUGUUUAUAAAAUAAUAACUUAUUUAUCAAUUAAUAUUGAAUUACCACCACAAAUAACUGAACUUGUUAUUACUGAUGAAACACGCAUUGCGUCGAUAAAUUCUAUAAUUCAACCAUCAAUUCGUCAUUUAACUGUCGAACGUGUUUUAAAAGAUGAAACAGAAAUUGGUAUAUAUGCUCAUCAAUUUCCUAAUGUCAAAUAUUUAAAAUUAUUUUUUCCAUAUGACGAAUUUCGCUUUAUUAAUUGUUUACAGACCGUAUUCACUGUAACUGACAAAACUAAUGGAAAUCGUCGAAGAUGGCUUCAACUAAUAAAUUUUUCAACUAAAGCAUUAUAUAACACAUCUCGUGUUAUUUUUGAUGAAAAUGACAUACAUCAUUGGCUUAUUAAUAAAACUGAUUUAAAAUAUGUUAAAAAUAGAUUUUAUGCUGAUAAAUUUGAUGGAAUGUUAUUUAUUUGGUUUUAG